AUGGAAUGGACAUAUCUUACUUAUACUAUAGCCGAUUAUGGUAUUUCGAUAGGUCUUGUACUCGUUUGCAUCAUUGGUGUAUUUGUUACCUUCUUUAAUUCAAAAGCAGGUCAAGAAUUUAUCGUUGAACGAGUCAUUGGUGUUAAUCCGAGUAAAGCGCAUGGUCAUGGUCAUGACCAUGGUAAUGAUGAUGGACAAAAUAAUACUGAUAAUGAUCCUACCUUACAGCAGAGCUAUGCUCAAAUGAAGGAAAAAUCUAUCUUUUAUAUUGGAAUAUUUUGCUGUUUACUUGGAGGAAUGACACUUUCUAUUACGGCCGUUCUUAUCUUUCAAGGUGCUUUCUUAGCAAGUGACAGAAUUUUACCAGGUGAUGAUUGUCCUGAAUAUAAAAGAGAUUGUUUCAUUUUCGGGGCGAGUGGUAUCGUUCCGAUAAAAAAUAAUGUAAGUUUCUACUGUGAACCGUUAAUAAAAGCCGAAUUUGGUGAAAAUAUAACCAAUCCCACUGCAUGGUGUUUCGGAUGGAUCAUCGCUGAACAAACAACCAAAAGUGUUCUUGAUCAAUUAGGUAUAGCCAUUGCUCUUAUUGGCUUCUUUACAACAAUGUUGGCUGUUGUUAUUUAUCUCGGAAAAUGUAAGAAAACAGUCGUAUUAUCUAUUAUAUUCAUUGUAAGUUGCGGUGGUGCCAUUAUUGGUUUACUGGUUACGAAGACGUCGUUCGCUCCUCUAACGUAUGCCAUUCUUGCUUUAGGUGUCGUAUUGGGAAUAUUUGGAAUAGUUCUCUUCGUUAUUUUACCACCCAAACCAGUAAAGAAAAAGCGUAAUGAGGGAAAAGUUGCACCGAAUACGAAUCGACCAGGUGCUGAUGCCGAUUCAAAUUUGUCCUAUCAAAUGCAGCCCGGUCCAACAUAUGCUAAGCCCGCAUUUGGACCAGCGAAAGUUGUUCCUAAUUGUUCUGGAGGUUCUCUAGCUACACAUCAAAGUAAACUAGUAAACAAGAUCGUCCGUAAAGAAGAAUUAGGUUAUAUUCCAUGCACAUCAGAUGCAGGUAAUAGUCCGUUUGCAACUCAUCGUGAAAAAUGGUUACUAAGUAACAAGAGUAUUGUUGAAGCUCAAUUAAAAUUGAAAUCGUUUGUUGCAUCAAUUCCUUCAUAUCCGACUCACAAAUAUUCAGGAUCAGGAAUCGUUAGUUCUGCACACAAUGGAUAUGACAGUUGUAAACGUUUGGUGUCUUCCUUAAAAAUUUUGCGUUGGUUGAGUUGUAAAUUACCUAUUGAAAUAUUUUCAUUUCGUGGUGAAUUAACUCCGCAUCAAAUAUUAAUGUUAACUGAAAUUCCUGAUGUUAAAUCAGUCAUAAUCGAUGACAAAGAAAGUUUGACAGAUAGAGGACAUUCACAAUAUGCCAUUAAACCACUAGCUAUUUUGAAAUCAAGGUUCGAACAUGUAUUGUGGUUAGAUUCAGACAACAUUCCUGUACGUGAUCCAACAUAUUUAUUUGAUUUACCUCAAUAUAAAUAUUUAACAGCUAUAUUUUGGCCAGAUUUUUGGUUUACAUCAAUUGAUAAUCCAGUUUGGCGAAUUCUAAAUAUUCCAUGUCGGAUACAAGAUUAUGAACAAGAAUCAGGUCAAAUACUGAUAAAUAAGAAAUCCGCUUGGAAACCAUUGAAUAUGGCACUAUACAUGACUACAGACAAACUAUUUCAAACACUACUAUAUGGAGACAAAGAUACAUUUCGUUUGUCAUGGCGAGCACUUAAUGUUUCAUUCUACUUUGUUCGUAAAUAUCUAGCAAUAGGUGGCUUUGAAUAUAUUAGAAAAGGUGAACAGGACAAUCGACUAUCAAACACUCCACUUAGAUUUUGUGGACAUACUAUGAUUCAACAUGAUCCAAAUGGAACUAUUCUAUUUCUUCACAUGAAUUUGCUCAAAGGUUAUUUUUACAUGAAGUUUCCACAUAAUCCACAAUAUCCACAAUUAUUAAAUACGUCAAAUCCAUGGCGUAUCAUUCGUCAAUAUUCAGAAACAAAACCACGUUUAAGAGCCAUUCUCGAAAACAGAGAUGGCUUUGGAUGUACUGAUUUAUCUAAGGGCGAACACGAGUAUUAUUCACCUAUUAUUGAUGUUGACUAUCAUUCGAUUGUUUCUGCAAACUUAACAGCAAAAUAUUUUGAAUUUCUUAAUAUGAACUCUCAAUUAUUCCCAGAACCAAGUGCUAUACAGGUGAUAGACAGAAAUUGGACACAGUAA